AUGACGCGCGGGAGCUGCAGCUCCGAGCGGCGGAGGCCCUGCAGCUGCAACCACAGCAGGGUGCUGGUGCUCCACAUGGCCACCGGGGAACCGGUGAAGGCCGACGAGAAGAUCACCUUGGAGACGGGGAGCCUUCAGGUGAUCAAGAUGGAUCUCAGCCUGGAAGGCGUCUGGAACGUGGACAUCAGCCAAGGCUACUCCUUUGUGCUGACGGUCACCGGCUCGGAGGCAUCGUUUGAGGGAGGCUCCUAUGGCACCUGGUCCGACAUCGGGGUGGAUCGCGACCAGGCAACCUUCAGAGCUACGUGGCACUCUGGCAGGUAUGGCAGCCGUGGCACUUUGAGGGGCAGCUUCGACAGCCCUCACGAGGGCACCUACGAAGCCUUCUUCACGGACGGUACCAAGGUGCAUGGCGCCGUCAUCCGCAGGUCUCCAUGA